CUACGCCGGUUGCGCACACUGACUUAUUUACGUGAACGGACAAGAGCACCCAUCUCCGUCAGCGACGUAAAACGGUUCCUAGAAUGUCUGUAGCGUCGCGCGGAGCCCCCCAGACUCUGUUUACGUAGCGUCGCGGCCGUGCGUAGCGUUAAGUUGGAGCAGGCUCAGCGGCCGCCGCCAUUUUGUGCAGUUGCUGGGAAGGGAAGGAGACGCCUAGACCGUGGCACCGCCCGGUUUGAGCGUGACCAGACCUCCCAACUGUACUAACAACCCCGAUUCUCUGAGUUUUGCUCCCGUCUCCGACGAGAGAGGCGGCGACGGUGGCGUCUGCGACGGGAGACAGCGCGUCGGAGCGAGACAGCGCCGCGCCUGCCGCCGCCCCAACAGCGGAGGCGCCGCCGCCAUCGGUCAUCACUAGACCAGAGCCGCAAACCCUCCCGAGCUCAGUCAUCCGUGCCCCGCUCCCAGAUCUUUAUCCGUUUGGGACCAUGCGCGGAGGCGGCUUUGGGGAUCGGGAUCGUGACAGGGACCGUGGAGGGUUUGGAGCAAGAGGUGGUAGUGGGCUUCCCCCAAAGAAGUUUGGUAAUCCUGGGGAGCGGUUACGAAAAAAGAAAUGGGAUUUGAGUGAGCUCCCCAAGUUUGAGAAGAAUUUUUAUGUCGAACAUCCAGAAGUAGCAAGACUGACUCCGUAUGAGGUCGAUGAGCUUCGUAGGAAGAAAGAGAUUACCGUGAGAGGGGGAGAUGUCUGUCCAAAACCUGUCUUUGCCUUCCAUCAUGCUAACUUUCCACAGUAUGUAAUGGAUGUGCUGAUGGAUCAGCACUUUACAGAACCAACUCCCAUUCAGUGCCAGGGAUUUCCUUUGGCCCUUAGUGGCAGGGAUAUGGUUGGCAUUGCACAGACUGGCUCUGGAAAGACAUUGGCGUAUUUGCUGCCUGCCAUUGUUCAUAUAAACCACCAGCCAUACUUGGAAAGAGGAGAUGGCCCAAUUUGUCUAGUGCUGGCUCCUACCAGAGAGCUUGCUCAGCAGGUGCAGCAGGUGGCUGAUGAUUAUGGAAAAUGCUCUAGAUUAAAGAGUACGUGCAUUUAUGGAGGUGCUCCUAAAGGUCCCCAGAUUCGAGACUUGGAAAGAGGUGUUGAGAUUUGCAUAGCCACUCCUGGGCGCCUAAUAGAUUUCCUGGAGUCGGGAAAGACAAACCUUCGCCGAUGUACUUACCUUGUGUUGGAUGAAGCUGACCGGAUGCUUGAUAUGGGCUUUGAGCCCCAGAUCCGUAAAAUUGUUGAUCAAAUCAGGCCUGACCGGCAGACACUGAUGUGGAGUGCAACUUGGCCAAAGGAAGUAAGGCAGCUUGCAGAGGAUUUCCUGCGUGACUACACACAGAUCAAUGUGGGCAAUCUGGAGCUGAGUGCCAACCACAACAUCUUACAAAUCGUAGAUGUCUGUAUGGAGAGUGAAAAAGAUCACAAAUUGAUCCAGCUGAUGGAGGAAAUCAUGGCAGAAAAGGAAAAUAAGACCAUAAUAUUUGUGGAGACAAAGAGGCGCUGUGAUGACCUCACACGAAGGAUGCGCAGAGAUGGUUGGCCUGCUAUGUGUAUCCAUGGAGACAAGAGUCAACCAGAAAGAGAUUGGGUACUUAACGAGUUCCGAUCUGGAAAGGCUCCUAUCCUCAUUGCCACAGAUGUAGCCUCCCGUGGGCUAGAUGUGGAAGAUGUCAAGUUUGUCAUCAACUACGAUUAUCCAAACAGCUCAGAGGAUUAUGUUCACCGUAUUGGCCGAACGGCCCGCAGCACCAACAAGGGCACUGCCUACACUUUCUUUACCCCGGGCAACCUGAAGCAGGCUAGAGAGCUGAUCAAAGUAUUGGAAGAGGCCAAUCAGGCCAUCAAUCCAAAAUUGAUGCAGCUUGUGGAUCACAGAGGUGGCGGCGGAGGAGGGGGUAAGGGAGGCCGCUCACGAUACCGGACUACUUCUUCAGCCAACAAUCCCAAUCUGAUGUAUCAGGAUGAGUGUGACCGGAGGCUUCGAGGGGUCAAGGAUGGUGGCCGGAGAGAUUCUACAAGCUACAGGGAUCGUAGUGAAACCGAUAGAGCCAGUUAUGCUAAUGGCAGUAGCUAUGGAAGCCCGAAUUCUGCCUUUGGGGCACAAGCAGGCCAAUACACCUAUGCUCAAGGCACCUAUGGGGCAGCUGCCUAUGGCACCAGCGGCUACACUGCCCAGGAGUAUGCCGCUGGCACUUAUGGGGCUAGCAGCACCGCCUCAGCCGGGAGGAGCUCCCAGAGCUCCAGCCAGCAGUUUAGUGGGAUAGGCCGAUCCGGGCAGCAGCCACAGCCACUGAUGUCACAGCAGUUUGCACAGCCUCCGGGAGCUACCAAUAUGAUAGGCUACAUGGGGCAGACUGCUUACCAGUACCCUCCACCCCCUCCUCCCCCUCCGCCAUCUCGUAAAUGAAACUGCUUGGCGGGAGUGACUCGUGCAGAUGAAUUACAUCUAAAGGAACACUGUCUUUUACCCUUCUAGACCUUUUCAUUUUUAUUUUUUCUUUUCCCAACCAUUAUGGUUUAUCUUUUUUUAAUGCAGAUAGUUAAAAAUUCACUGCCAGGUUUCUUCUGCCCACCCAAAAGAUCCAGUCUAUAAUAACAGAUUUUGUAAGAAAAUAUAUAUAUAUAUACACAUAACUGACUGGAAAAGAUUAAUUUCUUUCCCCCAACUUAAUGCAUGUUGAGGCUAUUGAGCUGUUUUUCAUCUUAAAGGUCUUGGGCGCUUUUGUUGGAGCCUCUUUAUCUUUGGGAGGGUGGUGGGGAACGAUGGACUGCUGCAGGAGGUGGCCUCUGCUCUUUAGACUGUUCUUAUUGGGAGGAGCCAAGUGGGAUUUCCAUCCAUGCUGCCCGUGGUGGGUUUUAAGUUGCUGAAGUUAGAUUACUCAGGCCUGAUGAAUUUUUAAUUAAGACUGCUUUGUCAGUCAUUUGACUGAUGGCUUAUUAUAUGCAUUCAACAGUUAAAAAUUCCUAAUUGGCUUUGUCAUCGUCCCCCCUACUUUUUCCUGCAGUUAUUAAAUAUUAACCAGGUUAGUAUUGAGUUAGAAAUUACAUUUCUGAGUUCAAGUGUUGUCUUUUUAAGUUUAAAAAACUAUAAAAGAAUUGUUUUUACUAGGUAGACUGGCAUCUGGGUAGCGGCUGCCUGGUUUUUCCCUCCAUAUAACCAGGGGCCACCUGAAAGUCAUUUUUCUAGCCAGAUAAGCCACUGUGAGCAGUAAGCAUCAGUGCUGAGCAGAAACUUCCUGGGCAGCGUUUAGAAAACACCUUUGGAAAUGAUGGGCUGCAAGUGGGCAGAUCUUCCUCUUAAACUCAGUAUUCUUAGAGUAGGAAUGACCUCAUGGGCUGCUCUGCCCACUUGGCCAGCCUCUCCUGAGCAGGACUGCUGAAGAGCCUCGUCUCCUCCUUGCAGCCUGUUCUCUGGUGCUUUCUAGCAGCUGGAGGUACUUGUCCUGGGCUUCCCUUUGCCCUCAGUUUUUCACAGGUAGGUAGUGCCCAUGGAGGACUGAAGCCCAGGCUCACCUUACUCUGGAGUGUGAAGGUAUGGGUGAGCUUGUCUCAUCCCUUUAUUAAAUGCUUUCUUCUAAAACUUGGAAGAGCAGCAGAUGAAGUUGCAAAGAAAAUUCUGCUUACGUCACCUAAACAGGACAGGAGAGCAGAUGCCCUAAGGCCUAGUAGACGAUAGUGGUGGGGCUUGUGUGGCUGUUCUCUGUGCUGCUGUCUCAGUGCAGGUAAAGGGAGGAGGCUCUAUUGCAUUCCUUGGCCGUCCUGAGGGUGCUUGCUCCUAUAUACAGUAACACUCAUUUUUGAGGUUUCUUUCAGGAAGAGAAAAGGGAUGGUUUUGAGGGGCUCAGAAAAUAGGAUUCAGUGUGUAACAUAACAGGUAGGUUGUCAGCACAUGCUGAAUAUCCGCAUGUGAAUGCACGCUUGGAUUCUUUUGUUUUCCUUACUGUCUUACAGACUAUGAAGCUGAGGGGGAUGGUGGGCACAGAUGUGUGGCAACCCUGCUCUGUGCUCUGAAACCAAAGUGUGUCCUGUCUUGUCUGUCUCUCACCCUGCCAAAAGGAAGUGUCUAACCACUGACACUGACCAGCUUGUUACAGAUACUUUCUACAACCAAAUUCAGAUUUAUUUUUUAUUAAGCAUUAUACCAUGGGCUGCCCUGUGCUACUGUAGCUCUUCAAAACACCCCCUCUGUUACUGCCUCGGGGACAAAGCAGCAGCUAGGUUGUUUACCUCCCUCUCCAGCAGAGGCAUAAUCCAGAUAAACAGAAGAUUUCAUAUUUCAUAAGCUCUUUUGGCCUGGGUACAGGAGAAAACUAGCAGUUUUCCUAUUAGGUACAAAUGACUUCUGCCUCCUUGUCUGUCCCUUGCCAGCACAGGUGCAGGCAAAGCCUUUGAGCUGGGUUAAUAGCCUUUCAUGGUUUACUCACCGAGGGAAAGGGCUUAGGUAUUACCUGUGGGCUGCUGCUCCCUAACGAUCCAUUGUGCAGACUUCUCAUCUAAAAGGUUGGUGGCUUUUGCUUGGGAUCAGUGCUCUCCUAAUACCCUUGCUGGUCUCUCAACACAUUCCUGUCAUUGAGACUUGAAUUGUAGGUGUGAUGUUAAGGCACAGGAUGAUCAGAGCUAUGUUGCUACUAUUAGUUUGUAAAUUGUCCUUUUGAUACCAUCUUGUUUUCUUUUGUAGGUAUAAAUAAACACUUGACAAUAAA